AUGGGCUUUUUUCGGCCUGUAACAACAAUAUGGUUUGCCACUUGCAUAACGACUAGCUAUAGUAACAAGGGUCUUCACCACCUAGCGGCGUUACUUUUAGUUCAUAAAGAAUGUGUAGAGGCAAAAACUGUAGCUCGGCAGUCAAAUCUUUCGGUUAAAGUUUUAGAGGUAGAAAACAGAGCGACAGAGCCUGAAGUACAGCUCGGUACCACGGCCUGUGUGUCAAAGUUACCUGAUAUACCUCUGCCUAAGUUUGAUGGAGAGUUGAAGAAUUGGCCUGACUUCCGGGAUCGCUUUAAGUCACUUAUUCAUCAAAGGCCUUCACUUACAAAUGUCGAUAAAUUUUAUUAUCUAUUAAGCUGUUUGCAAGGAGACCCCUCUGAAGUUCUUAAAGGGAUUACAGUGGCGGAAGAGACCUAUGCUAUAGCCUGGUCUACCUUAAUUGAGACAUAUGAUAAGCCAAGAUUGGCGGUCCGUAUCAUUGAGGAUAUGUUGAAGGCGCUGGUUAGUGGUGCAGAAAAUGUGACCACAUUGCAACAAUUUCUUACCACUUUCGAUGAAGGCAUCGCUACCUUAAACGCUAUGAAGAUUCCAGAUUUUGCUUCUUUUUUAUUAUUUUCAAUAGCAGCCAGGUGCUUACCGGCCAACAGUAGACGUUUGUUUGAGACAGAUAAUACCCGGGAGUAUCCAGUGAUUGAAGAUGUAAUCAAAUUUGUCAAAGCUAGAAUUAAUAUUUUGGAGAAUGCAGGACCGGCAAGUCUACCCAGUUCAGCAUUAAGUAAACCAGCUCAGGUAUGGACUAAAAAACCCAACGCUAAUGAUAAUAAAAAAUAUAUACAACAGCAUGAAAGGCGGGUUGCAUUCCUCUCUACAGCAAAGGGACAGAAAAAUGUAAAACAGUCAGCCAGCUCGGGUAAGUGCUAUUGUUGCGCUGGCACACAUGCACUCAAAGAUUGUAUUAAAUUCAGAGAGUUGAAUAUUGAUGGUCGUUAUGAUGUUGUCUGUAAAUUCCGUUUGUGUUUGGUUUGCUUUGAUCAAAACCAUAUGUCUUAUAAGUGUCCUUCGGCAUGCUCCAUUUGUUAGA